AGCCCUAUUCUAAUUGUCUAUAUAAUCUCAUCCGACGAAAGCCCUAACUCUUGAUUUCGAUCUCCUCAGCGGCUUGUUUUCGGAAAGUAAGCACCAGGAAGGUACCGAAGCAAUCAAUUUGCCAUGGGGAAAGUACACGGAUCUCUGGCUCGUGCCGGAAAGGUGAGAGGUCAAACUCCGAAAGUAGCGAAACAGGAUAAGAAGAAGAAGCCCCGUGGACGUGCACACAAGCGGAUGCAAUACAAUCGCAGAUUCGUCACUGCAGUGGUUGGUUUUGGAAAGAAGAGAGGACCCAACUCCUCUGAGAAGUAAGCAAAUAGCGAACUCGUGCGGGAGCUUGGCUGCUGGAGAGGCAUGGUUUUAUGCGUUAUUAUUAAGCUUUUUUUCUUCCUAUUUCUCAUAGAUGUUUUAGUUUAUUUUGAGUCUUUUGACCAUGUAAAAGAUAUUUACUUUGACAAUAUAUUAGAAGUAAUGUGAUUUGGAUCUGAAUUUCUGUUGUUAGUCGAA